UAUUCAUAAAAAUAAAAUUUUUUUUUAUUGCGUCCACAUACGUGGUAAAUAAUUAUAUUUACAACAAAAACUAAAAAGAUCUCAUGAUUUUUAUCGAUCGAACGAAGGAACAUAAAACAAGUGAGAAUCACCUAAGCAACGAAUAAACAGCCGAAUCACUGUUGCGAAUAUUAUUCCAAUAUUCGUAUUUUUUCAAGAGCAUCUGUUUAAAACUUGUCGUUUAAUAUGUCUGAUAUAUCCGAUAUAUCAAAAAGUCUUCUUGCUCAGUAUUAUGGCUUUUCUAAGAAAUUGAAGACUAAUAAAAUCUUAAUUCAUGAAUACGUAAGCAGUGUAGAGAAUAGCGUGAACGAAUUCAUUGGUGAGAAAUCAAUCGUACAUGCAAACAGUGAUGUUACGUCCGGAGAAACGUAUAUGCAGGAAAAUGUUGAAAACGAAGAUAGAAAUUCCGAAUUUGAUGUUCCAGUAAGAUCCUCUCGAACAUUAGAAUGGGAAGCAUUCGAAGAUGAUGAAAAAACAUUAUCGAAAUUUGAUAUUAUUUUAGAAGCAAACGUAAUGGAUAAUUCAUAUAAAAAGGCGGGUGCUCCCUCCGAUAACGAAACGCACAAUCUUGCUUUAUAUAGCGAUAAGAUCUCUACUAUUCUAGAUUUAACGAACGCUAGUCUUACGUCACUGCCUAUUGAAAUGGUCGAAAAAUAUCCCAUGAUAAAAAUGUUAUAUCUAGAGAAUAACAAUCUUCGCGAACUUCCCAAAGAACUUUUCGUUUUAUUAACACAUUUGCAAUGGCUGGAUAUUCGAAAUAAUCAAUUAACGAGCUUGCCUACAAGCAUCCAGUCGCAUUCUUCGCUAGAGACCAUUUUGUUACAAGGAAAUAAAAUCGAGAAAUUACCAUUAGAACUUUGUUUAGUGCCAAAACUUAAAAUCCUCAAUGUGGCGAAUAAUCCUAUUAUUGUACCUCCAAAGGAUAUUAUAGCUCUCGGAUGUUCAAGCAUUUUGAAUUAUCUUCGCGCUGAAUGGAAUAAAUUACAUCCGGAUAAAUCCAUAACAUUAAUGGAACAAAAAAUUGAACCAAAACCAUCAACGAUUUUAUGUUAUCAAUCUCUUUGUGAAAAACGACGAAAACUGAUAAAAAGUUGCAAAGUACAAGUACCAAAAGAUACGAAUGAUAUCAGCCAUUCGUUCAAAGACGCUUCGGUCGGAAAAAAGAAUAAAGGUCACGAAUCCAGCUCCAAGUAUAGCGAUAUGCAGAUUAAUACGUUUUUAGAGAAUUCGCGGUCCUAA